AUGUCUUCUGUUGAUGCAAUGGCUGCUAAACUAGCCUCCUCUCUUGCUAUCGCUGAAGGCAAGAGGCAAAUUGAUUUGCGACCUACGCAGGGCAAGGGUUUGCGCAAGGAAAACGUAUUCUUGGUGGGCAAGCUCCUCACCGCUCGGGAUUUCAAGGUCAAGUCUUUUAUGGGGAUGUUUCGCAACACUUGGAGGGUUAAUGGGUCGUUGCAGGUGGAGGAAACGAAAGGGCAGAGGGUGUUAUUCACUUUGUCGGAUCCGUCUGAUCGAGUUCGGAUAUGGUGGGGUGCCCCAUGGGGGUAUAAUCACACGCUGGUGGCUCUAGCUUUGUAUGAUGGUAUCAUACCGGUGGAGAAAGUGCCCCUAGCCAUGGCAUCAUAUUGGAUAACUCUUCAGGGAAUACCACCAGCGUUCCGGUCUGAAAGUGUCAUGACCAUGAUCGGCUACACAUUGGGGGAUUUUCAGGAAAUUGAUAAGAAUGCUAAGAAGACUGGGAAACUCCGGAUUAGGGUUGAGAUACCGCUGAAUAAACCAUUGCCUUUCAAGCGGUGGUAUUUGGUGGAAGAUGAAGUCGAGUUUCUCUGUCAAUUCCGUUAUGACAAGCUUUUCGAGAGAUGCUCUGUAUGUGGAUUAGUCACACAUGUGGGUUUGCCGUGCUCCGAACCGGCGCUGGAUGAAGACGAUGAUGAAGCCGAGAGAAUUGUUUUGGGAUCCUAG